AUUGAAAAAAAUAAUGAAACAGAAAGCGAGGGAUAAUAAGCCGCUUAAGUUUUCAAGUCUUCUUCGACAAUUUUCAUUUCGAAAUUUCUGAGAGAGUGAGGAGAGAAGAGAGAGAGAGAGAGAGAGAGGAGAAAAGCUUCAAAUCCUUUGGAUUACAUUCAUCAGGAGCAAGAGAACACACGAUGUCAAAGAAACGAGGGCUUUCGAUGGAGGAGAAGCGGGAGAAGAUGCUUCAGAUAUUCUAUGAGUCUCAAGACUUCUUCCUGCUCAAGGAACUUGAGAAGAUGGGACCGAAGAGGGGUGUAAUUAGUCAGUCAGUGAAGGAUGUUAUCCAGAGUUUGGUGGAUGAUGAUCUUGUUGCCAAGGACAAGAUUGGAAUUUCUAUCUACUUUUGGAGCCUUCCUAGCUGUGCUGGCAACCAACUUAGGAGUAUUCGUCAGAAGCUUGAAACUGAUCUUCACGGUAGUAAUAAAAGGCUAGCAGAACUUGUUGAUCAGUGCGAGGCCCUAAAGAAGGGAAGGGAAGAAACCGAGGAACGAACAGAGGCCUUGACGCAACUUAAGGAUAUUGAAAGGAAACACAAAGAGCUGAAGAACGAGAUGGUACAAUUUGCUGACAACGAUCCAGCUACCUUGGAGGCAAAGAGGACUGCGAUUGAAGUUGCUCACCAGUCGGCUAACAGAUGGACAGAUAACAUCUUCACAUUGCGACAAUGGUGUUCAAACAACUUCCCCCAGGCCAAGGAACAGCUGGAACAUCUAUACACGGAGGCGGGAAUCACUGACGACUUUGAUUACAUAGAGCUAUCUUCAUUCCCUUUGAGCUCAUCCCAUGAAGCUGAUACUCCAAAGCAGCUAGUCGAAGAUGAAGCUUAGUUUUAAUACUUUGCAGCAUAACAGUUAAAGACACUAGCUAAAAUUAAAAUCUUCUGGUUCUUUAUCAGUAGUCCUAAAAGGUUGCAACGGUCUGUCAUUGUUUGUGUCCAGAUCAUCUAAGUCAAAACUCCGGAUCUCUUUCACCACAGUUUUGUGUUUCAUAUAAGAUUUUUAAUGCCUAUGAUUUUCCAUGUAUCAGUCGGCUAUGUCCUGUGCUUUCUGUUUUAAUAUUUUAUUGGGGUCAUAUAUAUCA